GCAGGAGAUGUGAAGUUUGAAACACUGACAGGAAGGGAAGGAAAACUGUCGACAUUUUACAUUUCUCUGUUCAUUUUUUUUCAUGUCUCGGCUUCACUUUGCGAACUGAAGAAGAUGAGCGGCGGCGUGACGCAGACUCUGGGAAAUGGAGGAGACGAAGCUAACGAGUGUUGCAGGCGGCUUGGACUCACUCUACAAGACCGGGAUUGGUCAGGCUGCAGCUCGGAGCGCCACAGCAACAAGGAGAGCAGCAUAGCAGUAGUGCUGCCACGAAAACCAGAAGAGCAGGAAGAAGCACUCAUCACUCCCACUGAAGAAAAAGUUGAAGUCAUUAAGGUUUUUCUUGAAGCCCGACCAGAGACAGGAGAGAGUGUCAGGAUGUUGACGGACGAGGUGUCACAGAUUCAGGAGGUGAGGUACUGUCUGAAGACUCUGAGGGAGCAGAUGGCAGCCAGGCAGAACAGUAACAACAACAAGUAUCCCGUCAACGGCUUCAGGGUCAACGUGCCCAGCAGCCUACCAGCUGUCACCAAUGGCAACACUAUGCUCAUUGAGUCAGAUGCUCAUGUCGGGGAUAAUCAGCAGGAGAGUGUGAAGCUCAGGGAGACGACCAAGCGACUGUACGCACAGCUGAAGGAGAUGGAGAAGAGGCAGCAGGAGGAGAGGGAGAGACUGCAGGCCGAGUCAAAUGAGUACGCCGUUCGUCUGGCUGAGCAGUCUGCAAGGCUGCAGAAGGCGGAGGAGUUGUCGGAGGAGAGGGGUCAGCAGGUGGAGGAGUUGCAGAAGCUGCUAGGAAGCAUGGAGAUCGAGAGCGGCAUGCUCAAAGACAAGAUGGCGGCAGGGGAGAUAGAGCUGCUGCAGCUCAAAGCAGACAGGGAGGAUGGGGUGGAGACUGGGCAGAGGUGUGCAGAGCUGGAGGAAGAGCUAGCCAACCUGAAGAAAAAGAUCCAUCACCUUGACGACAUGUUAAAGUGUCAGCAGAGGAAAGUCCGCCAGAUGAUCGAACAGCUGCAGAACUCACGGACGGUCAUCCAAGAGAGAGAUCGAGUCAUCAGGGACCUGGAGGAGAAGGUGGCUUUCCUGGAAGCUGAGAAUAGAGAAAUGCAUGACCACAUGGAGUACUUCCUGGCAGGCCAGGACCCUCCACCACUCAAACCCACAGAGAACAAGCCAGAGGUUGUUUACAGUAAACCACUAACACCGACGACGCAGACCAACAAGGCCCUGCCAUUCAUCAAAGUCAUUGAGAUCAAGUCCUGAAUGGAGUGUCAACCAACAGAAUGACCAGAAGUAAAAUGUCAUGUAAAUAUAUAUUUAACCACCUACCAGUAUAUUAAGUGUAGGUCUGCAGAGAUUUAAAAAAGGCUGGCUUAGCAGACCUCAUGGUGACAAAGCACAUUGGUCUUUAGUUAGUACCUCACAGUUACCGUUGAGGCUGUUCUGCACACCUUCACUGACUCUCUCAGUUUCACACAGAACCUAAAAUAGGAAAGUAAAGGGGAGUUCAAAUUAGGAUGCAAUGAUAGAAGGAAUCCUAAAAAGGAAACCAGGAAGGAGCUGUGCAAUGCAAAGAAUUUUACUGAACUUCUGGGAUAUACAUAGAUACGAAUUUGUGCUGUGCGUACUUGGGUACGUUUUCAAGAUGCAGCGGCAGUAGAAAGAGUUCAGUAAAGUUCUCUGUGUUGUAGUUUCCCAGCUCUGCUUCUUCUUCCCCAUGCAGAAUCUGUUCAAACAGGUCAAUGUAAAAAGGUGGGUUAAGGUUAAAAACUGCUGUUAUUGUAAAUUGUCUGUUACACAUUAAUUUAGACAAAAUGUACAAAUCACAUUGUGUUGAGUGUUUUCAGCUCUUCUUACGACCUACGCAGCCACAGUCCUAAGCAGCAGGGUUCAGGGUCACAUUCCUCAGUGCUUUGCACCUCAUCGCCAAUGGCAGGCAUGCGGUUGGCUAUGUCAAUGUUGAAAUAUGAUUUAUGUUUAAAUUAAAUAUCUUUCUCUGACAUUAGAGUGGGUUGAAUAUACGUGUGAUAAUGCUGUUUUAUAUAUUAGAAUUUUGACUUUUAUUUUAGUUAUGCUGGAAAAUGCCUACUAGAGGCUACUUGUAGAGAUGGAAGCUUGUUGAUAUUUUAAUUCUCAUCUUAGUGCUUCCUCAGCACCCUUCUAUAUAUUAUAUCCUGUUUUGUGCUAAGAGGUUGCAUAUUUAAUAAUAAUAAUAAUAAUAAUGAUAAUAAUUCUGACUUAAUUGAUAAACAUAUGUCCCUUUACAUUAUUGUGUAUUGUUUUUUUUUCCUGUAAAAUCCAGGUUGAACAUUUCAUGUUCAGAAUUACCCUUUACUGUGAACACUGUAGAUCAAUAUGUUGAAGUUCAAGUUGUCCUUUUACUGUAGACAUUGUGAAAUGUAUGUAAUACCUGGUUUAUCUGUCUUAUUUGUACUUUGUCAACUUUUACUAUUCUAACUUUCGUCUGUUGUUGCAUCUUUACUCCAUGUCCUUGUACUGCCACCUAGUGGUGAUAUUAAACACGCUGAGUUGAGAGAAA